CGCCGACUCUCCCCCAUCGAUGACGCCAUUAUUACCCGCCGGCCAACCCAAUUCUCGCGGAGCACGUCCCCGUUCCGUACCCGUCUCCUCCCGAGUCAUCCACCAAUUACCCUUUUACCCUCGAAUUCCCAACUUCUAGGUGCUCAGAAGUAACUAAAUUCCCAUUUUGCCCUUGAUUCCACAAAACUUCCAUGUCCAGAGCUCAAAGCAUUUCUUCCGUCAUCAUCGUCUCCAAACCUCUCAACCUCCGAAAUCUCCCUCUAACCUAGGGUUUCGUCUCGGCCGAUGGCGGACAUUCCAAGUCGCCGCAGCCCCGCGUCGCGCCGGGGUCGAUCGGGAGCUCGGUGAUCCCUAUCGUGAACAAGCUCCAGGACAUCUUCGCUCAGCUCGGGAGCUCAUCGACGAUCGAUCUCCCUCAAGUUGCCGUCGUCGGGAGCCAGAGCAGCGGGAAAUCGAGCGUGCUGGAGGCGCUCGUGGGCCGAGAUUUCUUGCCGAGGGGCUCGGAUAUCUGCACGAGGAGGCCGCUGGUUCUUCAGCUUGUUCACUGCCCGAAGCGGCCGGAGGCCGCGGAGGGGAAUGAGUGGGGGGAGUUCUUGCACGUGCCCGGGAAGAGGUUCUUUGAUUUCAAUGAGAUCAGGCGCGAGAUCCAGGCUGAAACGGAUAAGGAAGCUGGAUGGAACAAGGGCAUUUCAGAUAAGCAAAUUCGUCUGAAGAUAUUUUCUCCUAAUGUUCUUAAUAUCACUUUGGUUGAUUUGCCUGGAAUAACAAAAGUGCCAGUUGGAGACCAACCAAAUGACAUCGAAGCAAGAAUCCGAACAAUGAUUUUAUCAUAUAUUAAACAUGAGACUUGCAUUAUUUUAGCAGUCUCUCCUGCAAAUGCAGAUUUAGCAAAUUCUGAUGCGCUUCAAAUGGCAAGGGUUGCUGAUCCAGAUGGUUCUCGUACAAUUGGUGUCAUCACAAAGUUGGAUAUCAUGGACAAAGGUACAGAUGCACGUAACUUCUUACUGGGGAAUGUCAUCCCUCUUAGGCUUGGAUAUGUUGGGAUUGUGAAUCGUAGUCAAGAGGAUAUUAACAAAAACCUGAGUAUUAAAGAUGCCCUGGCCCGAGAGGAGGCAUUCUUCCGCAAUCAGCCUGUGUACCAUGGUCUCUCUCAUUGUUGUGGAAUACCUCAACUAGCUAAAAAACUAAAUCAGAUUCUAGUGCAACACAUCAGGGCAGUUCUUCCAGCACUAAAGUCCCGCAUAAAUAGUCAAUUAGUGGCUGUAGCAAAGGCUGAUGCUGCCUAUGGUGAUGUUGCAGAAUCGAAGGCUGGUCAGGGAGUGAAGUUAUUGAACAUGCUCACAAAAUACUGCGAAGCUUUCACCUCAAUGAUCGAAGGUAAGAAUGAGGAGAUGUCAAUGGCUGAGCUUUCAGGUGGGGCCCGGAUUCAUUAUAUCUUCCAGUCAAUCUUCGUGAGAAGUUUAGAGGAAGUUGAUCCAUGUGAAGAUGUAACAGAUGAAGAUAUUCGCUUGGCUAUUCAAAAUGCUACAGGUCCUAAAGGUGCUUUGUUUGUGCCUGAGGUUCCUUUUGAGGUUCUAGUGCGUAGACAGAUAGGUCGUUUAUUGGAUCCAAGCCUCCAAUGUAUCAAAUUUAUCUAUGAUGAGUUAAUCAAGAUGAGCCACCAAUGCUUAGUUAAUGAACUGCAACGAUUUCCUAUUCUUAGGAAGUGUAUGGACGAGGUAAUAGGGAAGUUCUUACGGGACAGCCUUCAACCUGCAGAGACUAUGAUAACUCAUAUCAUUGCAAUGGAGAUGGACUACAUAAACACAUCACAUCCAAACUUUAUUGGAGGCAGCAAAGCUGUAGAAGUUGCGCAGCAGCAAGUUAAGUCUGCUCGGCUAGCGGCAGCCAUGCACAAAACCAAGGAUGGUGUAGAUUCUGAUAAGCUUCAAUCAUCUGAAAGAACUCUUAAAUCUCGAGCUAUUCUGGGUCGCUCUGGUGCAAAUGGGAUUGCUGCCGAUCAGGGUGUUCGUCAUUCUUCUGAACCUGAAAAAAUUGGAACUACAAGUGGUUCAAGUUGGGUUUCAUCAAUUUUUGGUGGAAGUGAAAACCGUGCACCUAUGAGGGAGAGUUCUUCGAGCAAGUCUUAUGCUCCACCUGUUAAUCACAUAGAUCAUUCACUGUCUAUGAUCCAACUAAGAGAGCCUCCAGUUGUCCUGAAACCUUCAGACAUUCAGACUGAGCAGGAGGCUAUAGAGAUAGGCAUCACAAAACUGUUGUUGAAAUCAUAUUUUGACAUCGUGAGAAAAAAUAUUGAGGACUCUGUACCUAAAGCAAUUAUGCAUUUCCUGGUCAAUCACACAAAGAGGGAACUGCAUAAUGUUUUUAUCAGGAAACUUUACAGAGAAAACCUAUUCGAAGACCUGCUGAAGGAGCCUGAUGAUAUAAUGGCAAAGAGAAAACGCAUCCGAGAAACUCUCCAAGUAUUGCAACAGGCUAAUAAGACACUGGAUGAGAUACCACUUGAUGCUGAAACUGCUGAGAAAGGCUAUGGUCUCGACACCGAUUCAACUGGCUUGCCAAAAAUCCAGGGGCUCCCUUCAUCUUUCUAUGCACCAAACAGUGACUUUAGUCCUUCAUAUAUGCCCUCGCCCACAAAAUCAAGACACAGGAAAGCUCAUUCAGGAGAGCAGCCGUCACCAAUGCACUCGAAUGCAGAUUCUAAUGGAAGUGGAUACCAUUCUGGAUUUGUACCAUAUCCUAAAAUUGAGCCCUGGUAGUGGGCUAUAUCUGAACUCUAUAGUGGCAUUCAAGCGGGCAGUUCUUUUUGGUCCAGUCAUGACAUUGUUGCUGAUGGCAACAGCAGCUUAUGCACGUCGAUAUUUGCCUGAGUGUAUAGUAGAUGGAGUCCAUUUUUCACUGACCACGAUAUAAUCAUAUCCAGAUUUAGAUAUGUUCCAAUGGUUUUUCUCGUUUUGAAAAAAGAUCUCUCUGGUUCGUAUCACUGGUGAACAACUGAGUGAUGAAUCAAUUUUGUUCGUAAGCUACAUUACCUUUGCUCUUGUAACCCUCUUGAAACUGUGAGCCUUGUUUGAAGUUGUUUGUUACUCCAUUGCUUUCUCCCCAAAACUAGCGGCUACCAAUCACUCAUGUUUGGUAGAAAAGCUGGUCUAUUUGCAGUAAGGUUCAACAUUUUUUUGGUGAGAUGUCUUUUUCAUAUUAUGAUUUGGUCACGUUUAUUAUCCAUCUAAAUUAAAACCAAUAUGAACACUAGAGAGCAGCUUAAGUGGGCAGGUGCUAAGAUUUUCCCAUGCUUAUUUCAAUGUAUUGUUAAUUUGUUAUACAUUUAGAAUUGGCUUAUUGCUCGUCCACAUGAGCUGACAUCAACUUUGAUGGAAAUUGUACUUAAACCUCUAUUAGCGUCUAUUUUCCGUCGUUGAUUCCA